CGGAAGUGUUCUGUUAUCCUGGAACUGUGAGCGUCCGGACGUUCUCCCCUAGAACCUUCAGCUCGUCUCGCGUUUCCUCCCCUACGCCCUUACUCGCAGGAUGGCUCUGGACUGGAUUGGCUUUGGCUAUGCAGCACUGGUUGCUUCUGGUGGAAUAAUUGGCUAUGCAAAAGCAGGAAGUGUCCCAUCCCUGGCUGCUGGUCUUCUCUUUGGUGGUUUGGCAGGCCUUGGAGCUUAUCAGCUAUCUCAGGAUCCCAAGAACAUUUGGGUUUCCCUAGUGGCAUCAGGAACUCUAACUGGCAUCAUGGGAAUGAGAUUCUACAACUCUGGAAAAUUCAUGCCAGCAGGCUUAAUUUCGGGGGCCAGUCUCUUGAUGGUUGGAAGACUUGGUCUAAAAAUGUUGGAUAAGCCCCGGCAAGCAUAAUUAAAAUCUGAAUUAAAUUGAUACGAGAUCAAGAAUUUCAGAAACUUCCAGCACUUGAGUGUAUGAGCAGAGGACCUGAGCAUGUGUACAUAUCCUGAUAUUUUUGGAGAUUGUUUUUUAAACCAAAGCAGCACUGAAUUUUGCUAUCUAUAGAGGGACCCAAUAAUUGAUGGGUCACAAUCUCAUCUCAUAUUGGGUUGCCAUCGUUAAUUGUUUGAUCCAGUCUUCGGUUGUCUCCAAAGAAGUGAUAAUGGGUUUCACCAUCUUGUGAUAAGUGAAAUAUUUUGUACCAGUUGCAGGAGCUGUCUACUAUAUCACAAAGAGCCAUAUUAUGAAAGGAAGAUUAUGAAGAAUUUGUAUUUCCGUAAUGUUUAAUUAUUCCCAAUUAUACAUGCUUGAUUCAGAAAUUAAAAUGUUUUAUGAAAUCA